AUGGAUGAAGGGAAAUAUAAUAGCACAUGCCUAUGUGCAGUCAUGGAGGGUAAUACUGAAGUGACACCUCCUCCUGUAUAUGAGUUUUCAUACUCUCCAGAGCUAGGCCUAUUGAUGGAUCACUUAGAUGAAGUUGCUUUUGAAUGCGAUGGCAAGGACCUACUUGCCCUUGCAUCUAAUAAGAUACAACAAGAGCGAAGAAACGCUGUGUUUAAUCCUUAUCCUGUUGGCAAGGUGUCGAGAGGAAAGCUUGAUGUGAAUUAUGGAUUUCUGAAUGAGUACCUGUAUGAGAGCCAAGAUUAUGCACCUCACAAGUUACUGAAGGCACGCAGAACGAUUUGUGGGUUUGAAAUAUACUCGCUUGAUCAAGAUGCAGAAGAAUAUGUGGGAUGCCUCAGAUCAAAUAUUCUGGGUACCAAAUAUAGCCUAGAACAAAAUGAUCAAAAAGUAGUAGAGAUCAGGUAUCUAACAUCAGUAUUCAAGCGUAGAGGUCCAAGGGAGUUUUCAGUGCUGUUUAUGGGGAUGGCUGAAUCAACUGGCAAACCAAUAGUGAUGAGAAACAAAGAACCGUACUACAAUGUAGAGACCAACAGCUAUUCUUUGAAUUUCAAUGGACGGGUGACAACUCCGUCUGUAAAGAAUUUUCAGCUGGUACAUCCACUGGAUCCUACGUAUGUAACAUUAACUUUUGGUAAAGUUUCUCGAUAUAAAUACAUUCUUGACUAUGCAUAUCCGUGGACAGGCGUACAAGCAUUUGCGAUAGCACUUACUGCACUAGAUUACAAAAUUGGAUGCGAUUGA